AUGUCAGGUUCGAGUGCUGGCCCGGUCAAUAUUUUCCAAGGCCAGCGGUUCUGGCUCUCUCGAGAAGUGCCUCAGCGAUCAUGGCUCAAAGACCGCAUCACGAAACAUGGCGGCGUGAUUGUCUUGAUGGAGAAUGACGCCGAAGUCAUGUUGGUUGAUCAUACAAAAAAGAACAUCCCCACUGGCUGUCAUUCCUACAAGUAUGUCGAGGAAUCCAUUCGAAAUGGUCAAAUUGUAGAUCUGGAUACACAUCGCGCUGGUUCCUCCAAACCCCGUGCAAUGGGUGCAUCGAAUAUUCCAAAGCGGGGCACCAAAUCCAUCUACACAUUAGAAGAUGAUCAGCUCCUCUAUGACUUUCUUUACCCCUUUGAGAAGGAGGAUAAUGCCCCUAUACACGGAAACAAAAUAUACCAGUUAUUAGAAAGAAGGUUUCCCAAACAUCCCUGGCAAUCUUCAAGAUCUCGGUAUUUGAAGAAGUUACGUGGUAACCCUCGUCCUGGCGGUGGUGCUCCUAGAACAGAUCUAUUGCGAUCUGAGCCUCAAGCACAACCGCAGGACGAGGCACGAAGAUCGACUACGCCAUCAAGGCGCGCUGCUCCAUCAAUACCGUCUCCGGCGCCAGCACACACUGUGAUAUAUACCCAACAAACUCCCAUACCACCGCAACCCGACUCAUCGAUCUGUCCCAUUGAAAAUCAAACGAAACCCAAAAGAAGGCACAGCCCGGCGCAUGAAUCACCAUCGGCACCACAGGCAUCGCCUUCCAAAAAGAGGGCAGUUUCACGGCCCCGACACAUAGAUAAUCCUCGACAAAAUUCUCCUCGACAACCUCUUGAGCCCAUUACGCGGCCACCCGCAUUGACCAACCCUGCGUCAACAUCAAAUCAGCAGCGCAAGCCUUCAGUACAGGAAGUACCCCAGAACCUCAACGAUACUGAGAACGUCGACAGAACCGAGGAAGAGGGCGCUAUGCUUUUUAUGGAGUUGCCGUUUUUACCUUCCUCGCCAGAGCCCGCCGAUGAGUCUUUCGACGAGAAAAAUGACGACAGAGGCAGUGAAAGCGGAGACACCGACUUAAUAAGCUGGGUCGAGGCACAGGUAUCACGGGGCUUUGAUGAUGCUGUCAUAGACGAUGCCCUGUGCUGCACGAGCUUGAAUUGCGAGCUCGCCGGGAAGAUCUUGAACAUCCUGGCUGCUGGGAAACCCAUUCCUAAUGACAUACGCGGGGUGUGGACCUCUAAGGAUGACGAAGACCUGCAAGGAUCCAAUGGCCGCGAGGUCGAGCGAGUUCUCAAAAAGCAUGGUGAAUAUUCAUUAAGUGAAAGGUGGACCUAUCUCAGUGAGGCGAGGGAGAGAGACAUGAUUUAA